AUGAUUGGUUAUGGUAUGACAGAAACAUGUGGCAUAAUUUCAGUAGAGAAUGGGAGAGUAGGCGCUCGACACUCGGGGUCUGUGGGAUGGCUGGCUCCUGGAGUGGAAUCCCAAAUAGUUGGAGUAGAUACUGUCAAGCCUCAUCCCCCGAAUCAACUAGGGGAAAUAUGGGUUAGGGGACCUAACAUGAUGCAAGAGUUUUAG